AUGAAGGUCUUCUCCCUCCUCGUUGCUCUGGCCCCAACCGCACUGGCUGCUGUGGGAGGUCGUUGCUCGAACAAUUGGGGUGCGGAUUGUAUCUGUCUCGACCAGAAUGUCUGCUCCAGCCAGUACGGUGGUCAGCCCUAUACCGGUAGCCCGGGAAACUACCCAUGUCCUAAUGAUCCUGGCAAUGUCAUGGCUUGUGUGAUCAAUCCUUGUCCAAACGAGGGUGGUAAUACUGGAUGUCGCUGGAAUGACCCUGGUAUAUGCGGGAAUGUUCUGUCUGAUCCCGUUUGCCCGGGUGGUAAUGACUUUGUCUGUUGUCAAUUCUGA